CCCCCAUUGUUCACUGGCACUAUCGUUGGUCUGACCUCCCAGCUGCUCCGCCAUGGCCCCCAAGAAAGCCAAGAAGAGAUCAGCAGAGGGAGCCAACUCCAAUGUGUUCUCCAUGUUUGAACAGGCCCAGAUCCAGGAAUUCAAAGAGGCCUUCACCAUCAUGGACCAGAACAGAGACGGCUUCAUCGACAAGAACGACCUGAGAGACACGUUUGCUGCUCUAGGACGUCUCAAUGUGAAACAGGAAGAGAUCGAUGAGAUGCUCAAAGAGGCUCCGGGCCCCAUCAACUUCACCGUCUUCCUCACCAUGUUCGGUGAGAAGCUGAAAGGUGCUGAUCCCGAGGAAACCAUCCUCAACGCAUUUAAAGUCUUUGACCCUGAGUCGAAGGGCGUGCUGAGGAAGGAUUACGUGACACAGAUGCUAACGACACAAGCCGACAGAUUCACCCCCGAAGAGAUGGAGCAGAUGUUCGCUGCCUUCCCUCCAGAUGUGGCAGGAAACCUAGACUACAAGAACCUGGUUCACAUCAUCACCCACGGAGAGGAAAAGGACCAGGAGUGAACCUUCUUGCCGAUGUUUUCUCCACAUAGAAAGUCUGUCUAUUGCCCUUACGUGACUCGAACCUGACCCACUGCCCUCCAAGGAGACAUGAACUGUUGUAUAGUUACUCAUUUUGGCUGCAUUGUGUCUGUAAAUUAUUCUCUCAAGAGGAUAAAGAAAAAAAAAAAAUCUCUCCCAAUCCCGAAAAAAUUAUCGGGCCAACAUACUGCUCUGUUUCUCCCUCCGUGCUUUAUCUUCCCACAUUCAUCUGAGACUAAUUUAAUUAUUUGUCCUUAUUAUUUUUUACAUACUAAAGCCCACUUACCUAAUGUCUUUGUUGUCAUAGUAAAGAUAAAUUUGUCCC